GUCACGAAUGUGGUGGAUACCGUCGGGCCGGCAGUGGUUGCCGUGAAGCAUAAGGAUGGCCGGGGCCAGGGCAGUGGAUUUAUCUUCAGCUCCGAUGGGUACAUCCUCACUAACGAUCACGUGCUGGGAGACGCAUCUGGCUCGGAGAUCAUGGUGUCGCUUACAGAUGAUACCGUGCUGCAAGCCGAACUAGUGGGGCGCGACCCACCCACUGAUGUGGGCAUCUUGCGCAUCCCUUCUCGCAGCAGGCCCUUACCAGCUGUCGAGCUGGGCGAUUCGACGAAGCUGCGGGUUGGACAGCUCGUCGUUGCCAUCGGCAAUCCGCUCGGCUACGCCAGCUCAGUGAGCUCUGGGGUCGUCUCAGCCCUUGGUCGGUCGCUGCGAUCGCAAUCAGGCCGGCUGGUUGACAACAUCAUCCAGACGGACACCGCCAUCAAUCCGGGUAACUCCGGUGGCCCGUUGGUGGACGCCAACUGCAAGGCGGUGGGCAUGAACACAGCCAUCGUGGCCGGGAGCCAAGGUUUGGCAUUUGCAGUGCCAUCGAACACGCUCUCCUUCGUCGUUUCUCAGCUGAUGCAGUUCGGGCGAGUGAAGCGCGGCUACUUUGGCAUUUAUGGCGGCGUGCGACCUGUGCAGCGCGAGCUUCAGCAAAGAUAUGGUCUCCAGCUUCCAACAGUGGUGCAGGUGGCAGGCAUGGAUCCAGAAGGACCUGCCGUUCGGGCGGGAAUUCUUGAGGGUGAUCUCAUCGUAGCCGCCGACGACCAGCCUACAGGCUCCAUGGACGAUCUCUGGCGGAUCCUCUCACAGCGGCCACCCGGUGCGCCUUUGAGUGUCCGGGUGCUCCGACCGGUGCCGGGCAGCAUGCAGCUCAAGAGCUACAGCCUCAGGCUCACGUGA